AUGGAGAAGUCGCAGGUCACUCACCGGUUAAGCUUAAGUGACCGUCUACAAUAUAUGAAGCACAGCCUUAAUAAGCAGUUAGUAGAAAUUAUGGUGAAGAAGCAAACUUGCUUAUGCUUAGCAGUUGACUGUACGACAUCAAAACUGGUAUUAAAACUUGCUGAAGAAGCUGCUCCAUACGUUUGUGCAAUAAAAAUACACGUGGAUAUACUGAAGGAUUUUAAUACUGGAUUUGUUUCUGCUUUAACAGAUUUGGCUAAAGAACAUGAUUUUGUCAUAUUUGAAGACAGAAAGUUCGCUGACACAGGAAGUACUGUUGAGCUGCAGGCCACUAGCGGACUUUACAAAAUUAACUGUUGGGCACAUCUUGUCACACUUCAUUCAGUUCCUGGACAGCCGAUAUUAGACGCAUUUCGUCGGAUAAUUCAGAAACCAGAUUCAGUUCUUAAAGGGUGCUUACUGGUUUCAGAGCUAAGCACAAAAGGAGCGUUGACAGAUUUACGCGAUUACCAAGCGAGCUCUCUGAAAUUAGCUGAGGAAAACAGAGAUGUUGUUAGCGGAUUUAUUUGCCAAACCCGAUUUUCCAGUGAUCCUUCCUUUUUGUACUGGACCCCUGGAGUGAAUCUGAGUGCAACAACAGAUGGCAUAGGUCAGCAGUGGCGAACUAUUAACAAGGCAAUAGUGCAGGACGGUAAUGACAUUAUCAUUGUUGGGCGUGCUUUAACAAAGUCAAACGACUUCCGCAACGAUGUUAUCAAAUAUAAGGAAGCAUCUUGGAAUGCGCUGAGCCUUGCAGAAGAAGCAAAUGCAUUUUGUGGAAGAGACUCUUAA